AUGAGGCUGCGAAUCACUCUAGCCAGCACUAUCGCACUCGCUGCCUCGGCGAUCGGUAGACAUGUUGAUAGUCCUGUUGUUACCAAAGUCUUCGGUGUCGACUCCUCAAAGGUUCCUCCCCGAUUCAGUCCUCUUGACUUCGAUGCUCUCCAGUUUAGUCCUACCCUUGACGCUCGAGGCCCCGAUGACUUCAAUAAAGGCGCGUAUGCUACCAAAGCUCUAUGGGACAAGUACCUGGAGAAGGGAAAUCGCUUGAUGUGUCUCAUGGAGGCUACUGAUAGAGGCGCUGGAUGGCUCUCCCAAGAUACUAGACAACCGCCUUCUGCAGCGAGCAGGUGGACCGGCGAUCUCAGAGCUGAGCUCAAGUUAUGGGGCUGGCGCGAAGGAGACAUGGACAAGGGUUGGGAGUGCGAGUUCACAAAGCUGGGGCUCAAAGAGGCAUUUGAAGGCCUCAAUCUAGACCCACGAUCCAUGUAUGAAGAAUCUGGCCAACCUCAAGAGGGGGCCAAUGACUGUUACUAUCUUCAACACUACGACGAAAGGUCUCAAGACUCGGAGGAUGAAGAUGGCGAAAUGAAGGAUGUCAAAGACCAGAAGUAUUACGUUGGGGGCAGGGAGUAUACGGCAACAGGCGCAUACUAUAAAUUCGCUGUCAACCACGGCGGAGGCAUGAUGGCUCAGAACAUCGAGAGUCCACGCCAUGCUGUUACGAUGCCGGGAGCAUGGGGUCGACAAGCAAACCCUGGAGAGCUUCCUGAACUCCAGUCCGCGUCUGACGUCUUCUGGGGAUAUUGGGUUCGUGAUAACCCUGAUGUCAAGAACUUCCGCGUCUACGGCGCUCAACAAGUCAUCAACACGGAUACUACUCUUCUGGUUGCUCGGGCGUUAAAGAACGUGGGUAAAGUACAGUUAUCGGUAUGGCCGGGUGACGUUUUCUCUCUUGGGACUGAUGAAUUCCGGGCCCUAGUUGGCUCCCCUAUCGGCGCGACUGCUGCAUAUAUCCUUGCAACACACAAGGCCGAACUCGGGAUUAAACGCAUCACCAAUGUGGUAGUUGUGACCGAUACGAUAAAACCGUAUAAGAGUAAACGUCCCAACGAUACUCUGCACAUGUUCUUCAUCAUGGAAGAUGUACCACCGGACGUUGUGACGAAGCCCGGUGAAGAGGACGCUGUUGCUAAGAGGCAGACUGAGCGAAUCUACUCCAACAUCAUCAGUGUCAGGAAUAACGGGACAGAUUUGGUUCGCGUGCAUACGAUGAUGGCCUAG